AUGGGUACAGUUUCAGGAGCAUACAAAGAUGUUCCUAUGCAUCUCAAACAUGUUAUUCCUCUGGAUUUUGAGUCCACAAAAGUGGUUCCAGAAUCACAUAUAUGGCCAGAAACAGAAAAUUUUCCAUUAUCUGAUCGUGUACUCCCCUCUGAUGAUGAUGAAAAAUCAAAAUCAUGGAUCCCUGUCAUUGAUCUCAUGGCUCCCAAUGUAGUGGAACUCAUUGGCCAUGCAUGUGAAACAUGGGGAAUUUUUCAUCUCACCAACCAUGGUAUUCCCUCCAGCCUUAUUCAUGAUGUUGAGUCCCAGGCUAGAAGACUCUUUUCUCUUCCAACCGAGCAAAAGCUGAAGGCCUUACGAUCGGCCGGCGGAGCCACCGGCUACGGUGCUGCCCGGAUGUGGCUAGAAGUCUCUGAAGAUGAACUGAACUGGAAACUAUCAAUGUCCCAAGAUGCAUUGUUACUCAAUUCCUUUCCAGCCUGCCCAGAUCCCAAAAGUACCAUUGGUUUAGCCCCUCACACAGAUUCAUUGCUCAUUACCAUUCUUCAUCAAAGUCAAGAGGGUUUGCAGAUUUUUCGCGACGGAUUCGGAUGGGUGACAGUUUCACCCAUUGAAGGAGCUCUUGUGGUCAAUUUUGGUAAUCUUAUGGAUAUAUUGUCAAAUGGCAAGUUCUCUGGCAUUCUGCAUCGUGCUUUUGUCAACCAGAUUAGGCACAGGAUUUCUGUUGCCUACUUCUGCUAUCCUCCAAUUGAUUCCCAGGUUGCACCAUUUGCUAAGUCUGAAUGUCCCAUUUAUAGUUCUUUAACAGUGAAGGAAUAUCUUGAAAUCAGGGCCAAGCAUAUGGAGGAUGCACUUUCUGUGAUCAAAAUAAAAUGA